CCUCCUCCUCAUCCUCGCAUCCUGGCUGCACAUCCUGCCAGCUGAAGCUGGGAGCAGCGUCGCUCUCGCAUCACCUCCUGCAUCACCUCCUGCAUCACCUCCUCAUCUCCGCUUCUUCUGCUUCUUCUCAGGUUCUUCUGGAUGUUCCUCGUGGUCUGAAGACACCGUCCGACCUUCUGCUGCUCUACAGGAACGCUGAUCCCGCUACAAACGUUCAGAAGCUGAAGUUGGCGUCGAUUUGAGCGGGAGGGGAUUCCAGCGGCGGGCGGCGUCCAGUUAAAGUUAUUAAACCUCCAGCCUCUCAUCUCUGCUCGUCUCCUCAGCACUCACUGGUGACUGGCUGUGAAUCGGAGCCAUGAGUCGGAGGGAGGCGUUAGUGGGGAAGCCGGCUCCGAGUGCCGGGCCUGAGGUUCGAGUCAAUGGCACGGAGUCCACCUCUCCGGGAUCGUCCGCACCCAAAGACGAGGCUUUUUCCAAACUCAAGGACAAGUUCAUGAACGAGCUCCACAAAAUCCCACUGCCGUCGUGGGCCAUCGUGGCGAUAGCGUUCGUUGCCGUGGUGCUGGUGGUCUCCUGCUGCUUCUGCGUCUGCAAAAAGUGGAUCUUCAAGAAGAAGAACAAGAAAAAGGGCAAAGACAAGGGCAAGAACGCCAUCGACAUGAAGGACGUGAUCGACGGGGCCAAGACCGAGGAUGAGGACGAGGUGGAGACCGGCCUGUCCGAGGAGGAGAAGGAGUCCGAGCCCAAGGAGCAGGAAAAACUGGGCAAAUUGCAAUACUCGCUGGAUUACAAUUUCACUGAGAACACGCUGAUCGUGGGGAUCAUCCAGGCCGCCGAGUUACCCGCCAUGGACAUGGGUGGCACCUCUGACCCCUACGUGAAGGUUUACCUACUGCCUGACAAGAAGAAGAAGUUCGAGACUAAAGUGCACCGGAAGACCUUAAACCCGACCUUUAACGAGCAGUUCACCUUUAAGGUUCCUUACACAGAACUGGGAGGUAAAACUCUGGUGAUGACCGUGUACGACUUCGAUCGCUUCUCUAAACACGACGCUAUCGGAGAUGUUAAAGUGCCAAUGAACAAGGUGGAUUUCAGUCAUGUGACCGAGGAGUGGCGCGACCUGCAGAGCGCUGAGAAAGAAGAGCAAGAGAAGCUGGGUGAUAUCUGUUUCUCUCUACGCUACGUCCCCACCGCCGGCAAACUCACCGUGGUCAUCCUGGAGGCCAAAAACCUGAAGAAGAUGGACGUGGGCGGCCUGUCAGACCCAUACGUGAAGAUCCACCUGAUGCAGAACGGCAAGCGCCUGAAGAAGAAGAAGACGACAAUCAAAAAGAACACCCUGAACCCUUACUACAACGAGUCCUUCAGCUUCGAAGUGCCGUUCGAACAAAUCCAGAAAGUUCAAGUCGUUAUAACCGUUCUGGACUAUGACAAGAUCGGCAAAAACGACGCCAUCGGGAAAGUGUUCGUGGGCUUGAACAGCACGGGCACCGAGAUCCGCCACUGGUCCGACAUGCUGGCCAACCCACGGAGACCCAUCGCGCAGUGGCACGUGCUCAAGCCCGAGGAGGAGGUGGACGCCCAGCUGUCCACCAAAAAAUAGAGUCACGCCCAGUUCAGCCAUCGGCCCCGCCCCGUUCAGUGGUCCUAACCCAGUGAUGUACGGAUCCUUUACGCCCUCUGAGUCAAAUUAUCCUUCUGAUCCGGAAAUGAGAUGCGACCUUUUUAUAAUCGGUAUCGAUACUCAACAACCCAAAACACACAAAAUACACACACACAUAUAUCUAUCUAUAUAUAUGUACACACACACACACACACACGUCAAGUUUUGUUUCCGCUCAAUCUCAAAUUUCUAAAUGUUCCUCCUCCUAGAUGACCAUCAUCCAUGACCUUUAACCCCUCUGACCCUUCUUUUAAGCAAUAUGAUGUGUGUAGAUAGCGCAUGAAUGGAAAAACGUGUACCGCAGGUGUGUAUAUACGCCAGGUAUAGAAAAAAAAACAUCAUUUCUAGUUUGUGUUUGUACGUCGUUGCGCGUUUCCUAAUCUGUGUAAAACUCGAUGUUUUUAUUAAGAUAUUCUAUUUUAAAUGCAGAUAUAGCAGAGCCAAUAUUAUAAAUAUAAAACAUAUCUAUCUUAUAGCAUUCCACUUAAUAUAUAUAUUACAUAUAACGCCGCUGUAUAUAUAUAAUAUAUAUAUCAAACGAUUCCAACCUGCAAGGCGCCAUAGGAGGGAUUCAAACGUACCCGAGAGGAAUUAGAGGACGUCCGUGUCCGAGUGUGACGUACCUGCUGUGUGUUACACAGUGAGAGGUGAGACAGGCCAUUAACUGCUAUGGUUCUGAGCCAUAACGAUGCAGGAAAUGAAACAAGCACAUACGUUAUUAACGACGUUUUAUUAACCACGUUUUAUACCGAAGCUCAACCACCACGUUCUGUUAUACCUAUACCGUGCACUCCCACGUUUUCCUUUCCAAUCCUUCUAUCUCUGUUAGAAGCCUUAUCAGACUCGCUUAAUCCAAGUCCAAGUCCAGUGUUUGGUCUGGUUUCUGAGGGUCUGUCUGAAUACCUGGCGGGUCGCCCUGCUCCCUGCCUCAGUAGAGCGGAUUCUAAUCAGACAUGGAGCUCAUGAGGUAGAUUAUUUAGACGCUCUACUUACCCCAACGCUUAAACUCUCCCUGACGCCUCAAUUUACAGAUAAACGACACUUAUAUAUAAUAAUUACACCUUUAUACAGAUUAAACAUCAAUGAGAAUUUAUUUACUUUAGAAUAGAACGUUGGUUGCUGAGGAGGCGUCGGACGCUUCCUCAUUAUUCAGUCAGAUCAUCACUCAGAAUUAAGGCGCCUCCUAGGGCGUAGGAGCAUUUUAAAGAAUCUGAGGAUUUAAACACGCCCUCUUCUCUGGAAAUGCGUCCAGGUCUUCAGACGGACCCUAAAUAACGUCGCUUUUUUAUCGUAAGUGUUGGUACUUACCGUGUCGGGCUUUCUUAAUGCAUUCCAAGCAAGAAAAUCGUACAAACCUCUUUACAUUCACGCUCUGUGAUUCAUUUUUGUAUUAUGACGUAUUUAUUUAUCUAUUUAUUUAUUUAUUUAUUUAUUUAUUUAUUCGCUCGUAUUGUUAGUAAACAGCCACGCCGUUUGGAAAGCUAAUCCGAGAACAGGUCCUGUUUUCUUUCCCGGACGUUCCGUCCACAAUCACGCUUCAUUUUUUAUAUAUUUAUAGUUCGUUUCUUCUUAUUUAUGCACAUUUAUUAAGUUGAAUUACUUAAAAGCUUGUAAAGAAUUUAGAAAUACAUCAUUAAGGCCCAAAAAAGCUUCAAGAUGGGAAGUUCAGGCUAAAAACGUGAGAAAAACUGAGCAGGGCCCAAGUGUGAUGUUAAAUCACACAGCGAAUGGUCGUUUAGAUUAUAUAGGUAAUAAAAUAAGCACAUACGUUAUUAACGACGUUUUAUCUUUAGUGCUUGAUUAGCUUUGACCUUUCGUUUACUCUAAUACUGA